AUGUCAACCGUAUCAACCGGAUCAACCGUACCAACCAUGUCAACCAUGCCAACCAUGCCAACCAUGCCAACCAUGCCAACCAUGCCAACCAUGCCAACCUUGUCAAGCAUAUCUGCCCAGCUUCACUCCACCAUGGAUUCAGACAAGAUGCUGCUAUUCACAAGAACCGUGGCCACGCCCAAGGUGCGCAAGACGCGUUCACGGGCUGGUAAGUUGUUCCCCUCGACCCGUCUUGGUUCUCCUUUGCCUCGCCCUUCCUUUGCUUACCGUGGCAUGUCUUUUGCCUCGUGCCCAGGCUGUACAUACUGCAGAGACAAGGUAAUAAUCUCUUGGCCCCGGCUACGCCUGCCUAGAGUGCUUCACCAGCUAAAUACCACGCAGAAGAAGAAGUGCGACGAGAUGCGGCCCAGCUGCACCAGAUGCCAACAGCACGGCCAACAAUGCUGCUAUGAGCCCAUCAAGCCUCGUCGACGGCGACGCAGAAACACAGCCGCCGGGCCCACGACGGCCGUCUCCCCGUAUCAGCCUUUGUCGAUCCCCAGCCCUUCCGACUCGUGCACGACGGACAGCGACUCUGCGGUCGGCAGCGUGCACGCGUCUACCGCGGCCUUGUUUCCUCCUCACAUCAGCAAUCCUCACAUCAGCAGCCCGCACGCACAGCCAAGCCUGCCUACUUUGAUGGCCGAGGGCUCGCUGCCGUAUUCGACCUGCUCGACCGCGUCGCCCUCGUUGCAUUGGAGCCUGGGCCCUGGCGCCAGCCCAAUGGCGUCGCAACCCUUUGUCCAGUUUGGCACCACCGCUUCAACGCCGUAUUCAAACGCGGCCGUGGCCAUGAUGCAUCCGGUCCUCGAUCCGUACCCCGUGCAGGGCGUCUGGACAUGUUGUCACGACGCGCCAUAUGCACCAGACUUGAACCUGUGCACGUGA